GCAAUGGCGAGUCUGGGAAAUCUACCGGAAGAUGUGAUGAUGGAGAUUCUGAAGCGGCUCCCGUCGGAGUGUGUUGGUCGAUUCAGGUGCGUUUCCAAAUACUGGUACGCCCUAAUCAACGACCCAGAAUUUGCCGACUCUCUCCAACAUCGAAGCCUUCUUGUGAAGCGUACUGUAAUUAGGAACGAGGAGUCUGGGGAGAAACAAACCAUGCUCUCCUCCCUCAAAUUCCCCCUCGCAUCUGCGGCUGUUGUGGACAUGGAUCUUCCAUUAUCCGAAGAUUUUGAGUAUUAUGUAUUCAGCGGCUAUUCUCACGGUUUAAUUUGCCUCUCCGAUAACCUCGACAAUAUUUUCAUCUGUAAUCCAGCAACUGGAGAGCUUCGCCAUCUGCCGCCGUCGAUUCUCCUCACCAAACCCCCCGAGGACCCCUUCGAUCGAAACGGUACAAGCAUGAACGCAGUUGGAUUCGGGUACGAUCAGAAAUCCAUGGAUUUCAAGGUUGUUAGGGUUGUGGAAUUCUAUGAAGAAGGUAGAUAUCCAUGUUUGAGAACGGAAGUGUACGAUUUGGGGAACGAUGGUUGGAGAGAAAUCGAAAGCCGUGCUUGUGGGUUUGUAGUCUCGGAGCCUUCGUCCUUUGAUAUGUAUCACGAAGGAAUGUAUUACUGGAUCGCGGAAGAGGAGGGCGAGGGAGGGAGUGAAAUCAUCCAGUGGUUCGACAUGAGCGAGGAGGUUUUCGGGCGCAUUCCAUUGCCGCAGGGUUUUUUGAAUGACAUUGACAAGUACAUAAGUAUGUGUGUUUGGAAGGGACGUAUUGUUCUGCUUUUAUAUAAUCCUGAAUUUAGUGAAACCACCAUCGAAAUUUGGGCGAUGGAUAACAAAAAUUUCAACUUGUGGGCCAAGGUAUUCACAAUCGACCCUGUUUCAGGAAUUGAGAUGCCAUUGGUGUUUGUGAGUUCUGUUGAACUUGUAAUGGUAGACAAGGAGGGGCACCUCAUUUUGUACAAUCUCAACACCCAACGCUUUCUACACCUUCCACUGAAAGGAGAUUCCGAACAGUUGGCAGUGACAGUUUUCGUCAAGACUUUACUGUCGGUCAACUGAAAUAACUUUAGGUUCUAAUACUAAACUAAGUUUUUACUUCUUCAGUUGGAAUCUCUAAUUAUUAGCUGUGCUGUUUGUUUCCCCUUUUCCCUUUUUACUUUUUGUGAGACAAGGUAAAUUUAUUUCUAAGCAAAGUUGUAGAUGGAGGCUGGAUUAAUUUAGA